GCCGAACCUUCAAAAAAAAAGAGAAAGAAAAGAAAAAGAAAAAAAAAAAAAACCUCACCAAAGACAAGGAGUCCAGGAGGGGGCUUUCAAAUGAAUUCCUUCCCCCUCCCUCCCUUCCUUGUGUUUUACAACUCUGUGUCCUCCCUGCUCAGGAGAUCAGACCAGAAAGACACACACAAGAGAAGUGGAGGCGAAUUUUCUCUGUGUGUGUGUGUGUGUCUAGAUGUAUUUUUCUCCAAGGCUGAAGAUGGCAUUAGGAUCUUGAAGAAAAAAACAACACACACACACAAAACAACCAACUUUCCAGUUCUGGCAUGAAAAAUCCAGGCGUGUAUGGGGGGGGGGAAAUCCAUAAAACUUUAUCUAGCCUAGGCAGAGAGGGGGGCAAAGUCUUUGGGAGCCUCUUGAUUUGUGUGUGUGUGUGAAUCUCAAGAAGAAAACACAGAGGAGGGGUAAAAACAUUCCUUUUCCUUUGCAGUCAUGGCAUUGAGGACUUCAUUGCUCGGACUCUCUAUAGGGUUACUGUUUUCCUUGCUGGAACUUUGGGUUAUAUCAGCUGUGAGCCUGGAGCCUAUAUACUGGAAUACAGCAAAUAAAAAGUUCCAGGCGGCGGGCGGCUACGUCCUGUACCCGCAGAUUGGCGACCGUCUGGACCUGAUCUGCCCGCGGUCCCGCCCGCCGGGCCCUUUCUCAGCAGAGGAGUACGAAUAUUACAAGCUGUACCUGGUGCCGGGUGAGCAGGCCCGGGCGUGCGAGAUCCUGCGGGCCCCCAACCUGCUGCUGACGUGCGACCGGCCUGAGCACGACGUGCGAUUCACCAUCAAGUUCCAGGAAUUCAGCCCCAACCUGUGGGGCCACGAAUUCAAGAGCAACCAAGACUACUACAUCAUCACCACAUCGGAUGGCACCAAGGAGGGGCUGGAGAACCUGAGGGGCGGCGCCUGCCUGUCGAAGGGGAUGAAAGUCGUCUUGAAAGUGGGGCAGCAUCCCGGCACGGGGUCCAAUUCCCAGAAAUCGGGGCCAGAGACGCCGCCCGAGAAGGAGCACGGGACGCUGGACAGGGCAGACGCCGGCAGGGAAAGCGGUGCAGGCGCUGGGAACGCGACAGGCCCGGCGGGGGGCGCGAACGGGCCCCUGCCCCAGUCCAACGUGCCCGUGGUGGCUGGGGCGGCGGGGGGCGCCGCCUUCGUGGCCCUGGUGGCUGCGGGCGUGACGGGGGCCGUGUGCUGGCGCCGGCGGCGGGCCAAGCAGAGCGACACUCACCUCCCGCCCCUCUCGCUCAGCAGCCUGACCAGCCCCAAGCGGGGCGGGGCCGGCGGGGGGGGGAACAACAACGGGUCGGAGCCCAGCGACAUCAUCAUCCCGCUACGGACAUCGGAUGGGACUUUCUGCCCCCACUACGAGAAAGUGAGCGGGGAUUAUGGGCACCCCGUCUACAUUGUCCAGGAGAUGCCCCCCCAAAGCCCCGCCAACAUCUACUACAAAGUGUGAGGGGGAAGGGGGGGCCGGGCCCACCCCGGUGUUGGCUAUGGACUUAUGCCUCUCCCCCCGAAUACGGACGCCCCCCCCCCGGUGCUGAUGGGGUUCACAAGGAUCCAGGACGGCGACCCCCCCAAUGCGGAUGGCCCCCCCAGUGCUGACGGAGACGGAUGCCCCCCACUCCCAAUUCUUCCUCGUGUGAAGAGCCCCCGGCACUGACAGGGUUAAAGCAGAGAUGGGGGGGCCCUAUAUUCUGGCGCUGACAGGGUUAAUGGGGGCCUAGGGGGUCCCUGUGCCAUUCUGCUCUCUGGCACUGAUGUGGGGGGGGCUCGGAGCGGGUCCCUUCCCCAGACCCCCCCCAGCUCCGCUCCUCCCAUCCCUACAGUCCCUUCCAGGCCAGGUCCUACCUCUUCCCCCCCUCGGGAUGGGGGUCUGUGGGGUCAGGGGGAAGGCCAGGAGCAGCAGUGUUAUGUCCUGGGGUGGGGUGAGGGGAGAUCAGCCCUGUUCAGGAGAUUUCCCCCUGUCCUAAGGACUGGCGGGGGCAGUUUUACCCCCCCCCACACACCCAGUCCCAGUUCACAUGUAGUGGGGGUGGGAUUCGAGGGAGGGGCGAAAGGUUUGGUUAUUUCAACCAUUGGGACCUUUUCUAUGUCGCUGUUUGAAAAUGUGACUCAACAAAAGUGGCUGCCAGACGCACGCGCCCUCCCCCCACCCCCCCUUUAUCAGAGAGACAUUUUCGUCCGGGGGGGGGCAGGCAUGGAGGUAUGGGAGUGGGCUCGUCAUUUUUCACCCCCCUUGCCAUUCAGCAAGAAGCGAACGUUAAGCCACAGGAAGUGACAUAUCGCCCACCAGGAAAUGAGGUGGAGGAAGACACUCCGGCGAGGGUGGGACUUCCUCUUUUGGGAUGGGGACUUCCUGUUUCGGGUGGGACUUCCUGUUUCGGGCCCGGAAAUGGCUUCAAGGGGAAAAAGAAGUGGUUGGGGGGGGGAGAGGCGGGGGAGGGGCACGGAUCUUUGCGGGCUUUAACGACAUUUUUUGACCUGGGAAUUUCUUAGCUUUUGUUGGUGGAAUUUACUGUCCGAUCACGUGCAUUAUAGAGGUUCUUGUGCA